AUGAAGACUUUUACUGCCGGAUUCCUUGCAAUGUGGGCCAUCAUUAGCACAUUAUCAGUUCAAGUGCUGGCCGUUACUAGCUGCUCCUGUGAUGGAGUUGCUGCACCUCUCUUGAACGACAUGUGUGUUUGCGGAUGUGAGCUCAUUAAGAAGGCCUUUGCUACCUACUCUCAAGAAUGCCCUGCUCAACAACUGGCGGAUUUGGAUGCUCAAUUUGCCCUGUAUUGCAAAGGUGUUGAAAAUACCGAAGAUUGUGAAUACUUUAAGAAGCUCGAUGGCAAGGUUACAGAUCUCUACAAGCGGUGCAAGGAUGACCUUGAUUCUAUCCAUGACGAUUGCGAAGAAUGCAAGGGAUGUAGCUUCUGA